GCCUGGUGAAAGUCUAGCUACUACUACCAGACAAGAGGAGCAGGCGUGCAGCAGCAGCAGCGGCAGCAGCGGGGCAGCCGUUGGUUUGACCGGGGAGGGGAAAAUGUUCACCUUGUUAUCUGACGACUCUCUCUAGGUUGCCGACCGCCUUUAAGUCACAAUGGCUGUUUUUCAGAACAACUUCUGGGGGGAGAAAAAUGCCGGCUUUGACGUGCUCUACCACAACAUGAAGCAUGGCCAGCUGGCAACCAAAGAGCUGGCCGAGUUCGUCCGAGAAAGGGCUGCCAUUGAGGAGACCUAUUCCAAAUCCAUGAGCAAACUGGCCAAGAUAGCGAGCAAUGGGAGUCAGCUGGGGACCUUUGCGCCCAUGUGGGAUAUUUUUAGGGUGUCUUCUGACAAGCUGGCUCUUUGCCACCUGGAGCUGAUGAAGAAGAUGAACGAUCUGAUCCGGGACAUCAACAAGUAUGGAGACGAGCAGGUCAAAAUUCAUCGCAAGACAAAGGAGGAGUUGGUUGGAACAGUGGAGGCAGUGCAGGCGCUGCAGGCUCAGAACGGCCACCUUCAGAAGUCAAAGGAAGGUUACCACACCAAGUGUUUGGAGCUGGAUCGACUGAAGAAGGAGGCAGCGCCACAGAAAGAACUAGAAAAGGCGGAGCUGAAGUCUAAGAAAGCGGCGGAGUCCUUCGGGCUGUGCAUCGAGAAGUACAACCGUGUGGGAGGAGAGUUCGAGCAGAGGAUGAGCGAGUCGGCCCAGAGGUUCCAGGAAAUCGAAGAGGCUCAUCUGAGGCAGAUGAAACAGUUGAUGAAAAGUUACUCUCACUCCAUAGAGGACACCCACGUCCAGGUGGGACAGGUCCAUGAGGAGUUCAAGCAGAAUGUGGAAAAUAUCGGCAUCGACAUCCUCAUUCAGAAAUUUGCUGAUCAGAAGGGAACGGGCAAAGAAAGGCCAGCUUUGGUCGUGUUUGAGGAGUACAUUUCAACUCUGACCCCUGAAGGCGGGAAGAAGACUCGAACAAAAGCCUUCAGGAUACCCGGCCUCAGCAAGAGGGACAAGGAACCCGACUCUGCAGAUUCUGCUGUCCCAGAGGCGCUGAAUUCCCCGCUGGAAGUGGACGACGAGGGCUUUGUCAUCCGAGCUGACAGCACUCAGAAUGGCUGCUCUGAGAAGGAGGAUAAUUUCUACUCCAGUGAUUCAGACUUUGAUGACGAGGAGCCCAAGAAGUUCCACAUCCAGAUCAGACCUGUAGCCAGCAGCAGCCGCAGCAACUCUGUCGCCACCGAGAAGGAGCUGAAAGCCACAGUGGGGACGUUAACGCUGCCCAACAGAGGAACAAGGCAGCAGACGGUGAAGCGGCAUCUCUCCAGAAACUCCAGCUCAGCAGGAGGCCGAUCAGAAGACAGCGAGGCUGCCUCUCAUCGGGAUGGGGAGCAGGAAGGCCUACGCAGGUCCUCCUCCAGCCCUGAUCACAGCAGGUUGGGUUCUACAGCGUCUGGUUCAGACAGCCUGUUCGGUCCUCCGCUGGAGUUGGCCUUCAAGUCCAAAAGCUUCGACAACCGGGAUCAGUUCAAAGAGCAGAACACCUUUGGUGCCUCUGAAUAUGCUGCCUUCUCAUCUGACUCCUCAUCACCAGAGAACGUUGAAGACUCUGGUUUGGACUCGCCUUCCCAUCAGCCUCUGGGACCUUCUCCUGAGCUGGCUGGCUGGGCCGCCUGGCCGCCUGUGUCUCAGAUUAAAGAACAGACACCAAGCCGACCUGUGGAUCCUUUCUUCUCUGCUUUCCAUGAGCCUUCUUCUGGUCGCACUUCUAACCACCAGGACGACUCCACCAAUGUCUGGUCUGUCGCCUCGACACGUCCGUCACGGGCCCCCCCAGAUAUGGACGCCCCUUCUGUGCGGUUCCCAGCCUUCUCCCAGUCCCUCGGUCCGCCGGAAAUGGAAUCAUCUGUGUGGAACUGCAAACACAUCCCCACAGAGGAUCCCUUUUUCACCAGCUUCGACAGGACCGUCACCCAGGAGACUUUAAACCUGUCUGACGCCUGGACGCGGCCCCCUCCACGCCGUUCGCAAGAGGUCAGAGGAAAGGAAGGCCGUGGCGACCCGUUUUCUGCUGCCCUCACUGAAACCAAGACUCUCCUCCCUCCUUCUUCCUCCUCCUCCUCAUCAUCUUCCUCCAAUCGUAAAGAGCGAGAGAGGAAGCGGGACCGCAGCCUCCCCCCGCCCGUCACGUCUGAUGACCCGUUUGCCAUCACCAUGAUUGGAAGCCCCACCCACCAAUCAUCUCUGGCUGCAGCAGCCGGGACGCUUCCCUCACACAGCAGCAGACUGGGAGUCGAUCCCAUUAGCAGCUCCUCACAGUCAGCUCAGCCGAAGAAGGAGACGACCCACUGGAAGUCUGUCCAUAACCCGUUCAACGACGGCAGCAGCUCCAGGCCACAGGAAGGAGGAGAGCGUAGGAAGCACAGAUCAUCAGAGAGCGAGCCCCGCAGGAACGCCCCUCCCCUCACCAGGCAUUCAGGACCCCAGGAGGACCUGUGCUUCUCCACAGACAAAGAUGAGGACUGUCUGGAUCUCAGCACCCAGAUGACGACCUGCAGCAUCGGUUCCAAUAAAGGCUCUAAGCAUAACCACAGGUCGGACACAGCUGAAGCGGUUCCAGCUGCUCCUCAUAGAGGGAACCGAGUCAAAAGGUCUUCAGCUCGACUCAGUGGCACUGAGAGGUCCCGCUCUCUUUGUUCCUCACCGUUGCCGGAGCCCAGCUGCUCCCUCACCUCCUCUUCCUCCUCCAGCCCCAGCGACUGGGGGACUCACGCUAGAGAAGGAGAGUGGGGGGUACAGAACCGAGGACCCAGUCCUGCCAGAGGGGGGCAGGCCUCCCCGCUGCCUUACCAGCACCAGGACCACCAGCCGAGGCAAAUGCACCUGUCCAGAGGUCCAAGCCCCAUUUCCCUCAGCACACAGGACGCCUGGCCGGUCGCCGCGGCGAUAACCGAGUACAUCAAUGCAUACUUCAAAGGAGGACAGCACAACCGGUGUUUGGUGAAGAUCACAGGAGAUCUGAUGAUGUCCUUCCCAGCAGGGAUCACCCGGAUCUUCAAUGCCAACCCCAACGUUCCUGUGCUCAGCUUCCGGCUGGUCAACAUCUCCAGGAUCGAUCACUUCCUGCCCAAUCAGAAGCUGCUCUACAGUGAUCCGUCCCAGAGUGACCCAGAAACCAGGGACUUCUGGUUCAACAUGCAGGCUCUGCAGCUCUACCUGCAGAGAGAGGCGGAGCUUAACCCGCAGGCUUCCUACUACAACGUCGGCGUGCUCAAGUACCAGGUUUCUUCACAGGAUCCGGGCCGAGCUCCUCUCCUGUUAUCGGCUGAGUGUCAGCGCAGCGGCACGGUGACCCGAGUGUCCCUGGAUUAUCACUGCUGCCCCGCCACGGCGCCCUCCACUCAGCUCACCUCAGUCCAGGUCCUGAUGCCUCUGGACCACAGCGCCACAGACGUGCAGUGCCAGCCACCCGCCUCAUGGAACGCUGAGGAACGUCGACUGCUGUGGAAACUUCCCAACCUUUCCCCGACAAACCACAGCAAAGGCUCAGGGACGCUGUGUGCCAGCUGGCAGUGCCUGGAGGCCCCCCGCGGCCCCCCGCCCAGCUUGGCCGUUCAGUUUGUGGGCUCUGGGACGUCGCUGUCAGGCAUGGAUGUGGAGCUGGUGGGGGCCCGCUACCGCAUGUCGCUGGUCAAGAAGAGAUUUGCCACAGGGAAGUACAUGGCCGGCUGCUCCCUGUAAACCUGAGCAGGAACCAUCAGGUUCCUGAACAGAUCCUCGCUGCUGGUCCUCAGAACUUUGCACUUUUCAGAAGCUAGCUCCGUCACGUAGGACACCGUGCGCUUCCACCACGUCCUGCUGUUUUAGGACCAACCUUUUUCCUGUAAAUACUUUUUUUUCUUUCCCUUCUAACUUGGGUUGUUUGUGGUGCUUUUAACUGUUCGGCCGUUUUCUGGAGAGAAACUGUUUUUAAACGAAGCUGCUUUGUUCAGACUCUGUUUGGAUUGAGAGACUGGAAAUACGCAACAUGUCUUUCAGUGAAUUAUAGAAAAUAUUAAAGUGCUGAUUUGAAAUAAAAUAAAGUAUUGAGCUGUGCUGCCAUGAGGGUAUUUAAAUAAUGUAAAUAAUGUAUCUUUGUACCAACCUGAAGGAUCAAGGAGACAUUUGUUUGAUCUUCUAUCAAACUAUAGAAAAACCUGUUUGUAAAGCAGAUAUUUGUUUUAAGUAGAAAUUUUGUGUUAAGAAUUGAUAAAAGAUAAUAAAUAAAUAAAUGUGUUCAAACCA